GAUGACCAGAGACUGCGGACAUAGUACAGGAGAUGACCAGAGACUGCGGACAUAGUACAGGAGAUGACCAGAGACUGUGGACAUAGUACAGGAGAUGACCAGAGACUGCGGACACAGUACAGGAGAUGACCAGAGACUGCGGACACAGUGCAGGAGAUGACCAGAGACUGCAGACACAGUACAGGAAAUGACCAGAGACUGCGGACACAGUACAGGAGAUGACCGGAGACUGCAGACACAGUACAGGAGAUGACCAGAGACUGCGGACAGUACAGGAGAUGACCAGAGACUGCGCACACAGUACAGGAGAUGACCAGAGACUGCAGACAGUGCAGGGGUUGACCAGAGACUGCAGACAG